AUGACAUCCACCUGUACCAACAACACGGGCGAAACCAACAGCAGCCACACGUGCAUGCCCCUCUCCAAAAUGCCCAUCAGCCUAGCUCACGGCAUCAUUCGCUCCAGCGUGCUGCUUAUCUUCCUCACUGCCUCGUUCGUCGGCAACGUAGUGCUGGCACUUGUGCUGCAGCGCAAGCCGCAGCUGCUGCAGGUGACCAACCGCUUCAUCUUUAACCUCCUUGUCACUGACUUGCUGCAGAUUUCGCUCGUGGCCCCCUGGGUGGUGGCUACCUCCGUGCCUCUCUUCUGGCCUCUCAAUAACCACUUCUGCACUGCCCUCGUUAGCCUCACCCACCUGUUCGCCUUUGCCAGCGUCAAUACCAUUGUCGUGGUGUCGGUGGAUCGCUACCUGUCCAUCAUCCACCCUCUUUCCUACCCGUCCAAGAUGACCCAGCGCCGCGGUUACAUGCUUCUCUAUGGAACCUGGAUUGUGGCCAUCUUGCAGAGCACACCCCCACUAUAUGGCUGGGGCCAGGCUGCCUUUGAUGAGCGCAAUGCUCUUUGCUCCAUGAUCUGGGGGGCCAGCCCCAGCUACACGAUUGUCAGCGUGGUGUCCUUCAUCAUCGUUCCACUGAUUGUCAUGAUUGCUUGCUACUCUGUGGUGUUUGGUGCAGCCCGGCGUCAGCAAGCUCUGCUGUACAACAUCAAGAGUCACAGCUUGGAGGUGCGGGUCAAGGACUGUGUGCAGAAUGAGAACGAAGAAGGGGUGGAGAAGUCUGAGUUUCAGGGUGAGAGGCAUUUUCACCACCAAGAUGAAGGUGAGCCCAAGGCCAAGCACGGCAGCAUGGAGACCGAAGAGGGUAGCAUAGAAGGCAAGCACUGCAGCAUGAGGGCCAAGGAAGGAAACACGGAGACCAAUAAGAGUAGCUUGGAGGCCAGUGAGGGCAGCAUGGAGGGUAAGAAAGGUGGCAGUGAAGUUGAGGUAAGCAGCACUAAAGCAGACAAGGGUUGCACAGAGGUCAACCAGUGCAACAUUGACUUGGGUGAAGAUGACAUAGACUUUGGUGAAGACCACAUCAAUUUCGGUGAGGCUGAUGUUGAGGCAGUGAAUAUUCCAGAGAGCCUCCCACCCAGCCGUCGAAACAGCAACAAUGACCCUCCUCUGCCCAGGUGCUACGAAUGCAAAGCUGCUAAAGUGAUCUUCCUCAUCAUUUUCUCCUACGUGCUAUCCCUAGGGCCUUACUGCUUUCUAGCAGUCCUGGCUGUGUGGGUGGAUGUCCAAACCCAGGUACCACAGUGGGUGAUCACCAUAAUAAUCUGGCUUUUCUUCCUGCAGUGCUGCAUCCACCCUUACAUCUAUGGCUACAUGCACAAAACCAUCAAGAAGGAAAUCCAAGAUAUGCUAAAGAAAUUCUUCUGCAAGGAAGAGCCCCCCAAAGAAGACAGCCACCCAGAUCUGCCUGGAACUGAAGCUGGCACAGAGGGUGGAACUGAAGGCAAGGUCGUCACUUCCCAUGAUUCUACUAUCUUGCCUUGA